CGUUAGCAAUCAGCGCAACAACAGGAAAAUUAUCAGGAGAACGGAGUUGACAAAAAACGAAUCUUAAAAAAUGGUUAUUUUUCUUGAUUCAAUUUCACCUAGAUAGAGCUUCCUGUGAUAGAAAUCUAUCCCAAGUUGUUAACAAAGAUGCUUCCCUAAAUUAACUUCCUGAGUGUCUCAUAUAAGCUUAAGCUGAUAUUUGUUUCGGUGAAAACUGAUAUUCAAGAGAAUACCUUCAGUUUUAAUUUAAAUUGGUAAUCACACUUAGUUAAAAUAACUAAUCCGGAGAUGCGCCGUGGGUUAAACCAUGGAACGCACGCUUCUGCACCUCCGCCAUACAUGAGUGAAAUGAGAGAACGAACAGGAGCAGCCGCCGCUUCCUCUGUGCAUCCAUCCCAAAUGCAACCUGCCAUGGUCUACCUAGAAAAAACAGAAGGCGGUUGUUGUCGUUGUCUGGGUCGUUUCCCUUGGCUCAGUACUCUGGCCUUCACUCUUGGUCUGGGUGGAGCUGGACUGAUGGGCUUCGGUGCAAUCAGACUUUUAGAAGUCAUCACUCGACAUUAUGAGUUAAGCUUCACAAAUGACGACAGCUCUAAAGUCUUCAUAGCCGGAUUUUCGUGUCUGGGGCUCAUUUACUUGGCCCUGAUUGGCUGUUCUUCUAUGUGUUCAGGAGCCAAUAAGGAAAAGUGCUGCAGAAGCUGUUGCUGUAGAUGUCUUGGGCUUUUUUCUCUUUUCGUUAUGAUCUGCAUAUGUGUGUUUGUGGGUUUUGUGCUAUACUUGAUGAGUUGUGUAUUCGUCUCAGCUGCUCUGGCAUCCGCAGUUGUCCAGAUGUCCUGUGGAUCGGAGUCAUUUCUGCAAAAAUCAGCUGGUCGAAACUUCACCUCCAUCUGCCUCGACUCAGUCCAUAAAAUCAAUGAACUGGAUUGGGAAUCAAUUCUGGAUGAACUGGACAUUGGGAUCCCCUCGUUCAACACCUCCGCUCUCACUGAAGACACUGUAGACAGGAUCAACACUGAAGUGAUUGACAUUAACUUCAGUCCGGGCAAUCUGUCCUAUCUCAUCCCAAAUAGUGUGUGUUACAAAUGGAACGAUGACGAUGCAUGUGAAGAGAUGUUGGAGUUUGCAUUUGGAUUAGACUACCUGGCACUUGGGAGCAGCUGUCUCUUCCUCGGAAAUCUGUUGUGUGUGAUAGCUCUGAGUGCAAACUGGGCCCACGUAAGAGACCACGGCAGACACAAGAGAGAGGAAGACAAAGUGGAAGACAACUACUACGCAUACAACUUCUGAUCAAACAGAGGCGUUCAACAGAGUCGAAACUGAAACUGUGUUCAACAGUGCCAAAACAGUAUUUAAAAAAAUGGAAUUGUUGAAAAAAAAAAUUUUUUUUCGGCACUGUUGUUUUGCCCCGAUCAAUCAUCAUGCAUUCCCUUAAUUUUUGAAUGAAUAUAUCAUUAUAUUGCCUCAAAACGAUGUUUGAUGUCGCUGUUGCUAGUAUAUGUCUCCGUUAUGUCAUGAUGAUGUUUCAACCAUCUUGCUCAAUUUUAGAGUAGAUAUAAAUUGAUUUGAAGAAAUAUUAAAUGACCCUUCUUGAAGUGCAGAGGAGCAAAGUGGCGUACGGCACUUUAAAGUUUGCUCGCAACAU